UGCUAGUAUCCUUACAAAAUACCACGAUCCAAUUAUAGCCCAAUAGACCAAUACGGAAAAAAACUGUUUCGUUCGUUCCAAUUCAAAGAAAAUUCUCUCUCUCUCUCUCUCUCUCUCUCUCUCUCUCUCUCUCUCUCUCUCUCUCUCUCUCUCUCUCUACAUUUACCCCUCUUCCUAACAAAUAUACUCUUAGAUUCUUAGCUGUUUCUAGCAUUAUCUUUCUUUGUCUGUUUUUUUAGCCCGAAUAUAUACAAACGAUAUUCUCACAUCUCCAAAUAUUGAAUAUAAUGUUUCGGCUAAGCAACUCCAUAGUGGGGCUCCUUAAUCUAUGCACCCUACUUGUUGGUGUUGCGGCUAUUAGCAUCGCUAUCUACCUACGUGUCCACAAUGGGACUGAUUGCAAGAAGGCAAUAGAGAACAUGCUGCUUAUUCUGGGGAUAUUCUUUCUCAUGGUGUCACUUUUGGGGUUGGUUGGGGCAUGGUGGGGGAUCAACGCAAUUUUGUACAUAUACCUAUUGGUGAUAUUUUUGAUGAUUUUGGGUCUCAUUGGUUUCACGGUGUUUGCUCUCCUCAUCACAAACAAAGGUCUUGGACAAGCCAUCUCUGGUCGCGGCUACAAGGAGUAUCGCCUUGGGGAUUUCUCUCAUUGGUUGCAGAAUUAUGUGGUCAAUGACAAUAAUUGGGCUGAUAUUCGAAGUUGUUUAAUUGAGGCUCAUGUUUGUCAUCCUGGCAAUGUUUAUCAAACUCAGGCUAAAUUUUACGAAGAGAAUCUCUCUCCUAUUCAGUCGGGUUGUUGUAAGCCGCCAUCCUAUUGCGGAUUCCAGCUUGUAAACUUCACGUUUUGGGAGGUUCCUAAGGCAGGGCCGGCGGUACCGGACAUUGAUUGCAAGACAUGGAGCAACCAACAAAAUUUGUUGUGCUACAACUGCAAGUCAUGCAAGGCUGGAGUUUUGUCCAACAUCAGGAAGGAAUGGAGGCAUUUUGCUAUCAUUAAUAGUUGUAUUCUUGUUGUGAUCACUAUUAUUUACUGCAUUGGUUGUUGCGCCACCAGGAACAAUAGGUCCUUUUCCAAGUUUAGAUAUAAAGAACAUCCUUAAUUAUAUUUUUUCUAGUUUUAUUAACAAAAAAAAAUGUAAAAUAAAAUGUUUUUUUAUACAUACAAAUAAAUAUUUUAUGUAACUAAUAGGUUGUAUUAGUUGUAUUCAUCAAAAAACGAUUAUAUAAUAGAGGGAAUAGGUAUUUGUGA